UGCUCUGCCCUGUGGCCUAAUCUCCUUGUCUCCUCCCUUUAUUCCGGUUUUCUUUUUGUCAUCUUCUACUCACCUGUUUUUCUUCCCUUUGUAUAAUCAACUUCUCUUUAUCCUUUCUUCUAUAUUACUUCUCCCUCUCUGACAAGCCAAAGCAGGUUUCUUUUGAUCUAACAUGGAGAAAAGCCAUGAACUUGAGCUUACCCAGAUGAGAAAAUCAGUUGAGAAACUUGGGUUUUCAACAGAGAAAUAUGGGGAUCCCACGCUCAUGAGGUUCUUGAUUGCAAGGUCAAUGGAUACAGAUAAUGCUUCAAAGAUGUUUGUUAAAUGGCUGAAGUGGAGGUCUUCAUUAGUUCCUAAUGGGUUCGUUGCAGAUUCUGAAGUUCCUGAUCAAUUGGAAGCUAGAAAGAUUUUUUUGCAAGAUUUGUCAAAAGCAGGGCAUCCAGUGCUGAUUGUUCAAGCUUGCAAACAUUAUCCUCCCGAGGAUCAUCUCCAGUUCAAGAAGUUCGUGGUUUAUCUGCUAGACAAAACCAUAGCAAGUGCCAUCAGAGGAAGAGAAGUAGGAAACGAGAAGUUGAUCGGCAUUCUUGAUUUUCAAAAUAUUACAUACAAAAAUGUUGAUGCACGUGGACUAAUAACUGGAUUCCAGUUCUUACAGGCUGAUUUCCCAGAGCGCUUAGCAAAGUGCUACGUUUUGAAUAUGCCUAGGUUUUUUGUUAGUGUUUGGAGGAUGGUUUCUAGCUUCAUUGAGAAAGCAACACUUGAAAAGAUUCUAAUUGUGACCAAUGAAGAUGAGAAGAAAACCUUUGUAGAGGAGAUAGGCGAAGAAGCCGUGCCCGUCGAGUACUGUGGCAAAGCAAACCUGAGAGCUGCCCAAGAUGUACAAGUUCCCUCGUUGGAAGGUUGGCUGAUGAUUCUCCGACCCCCAAAAUUCGCAGGCCAUCAAGUGUUUGCUUUAACUCGAAACUCAUUCGAGUAUUUCGAUGUGAUUGAGAAUAGUUAACACACUGGCUGCCAUUGAAGGUGUUAAAUCUUUAAACCUUCAUACGCUUAAUGUUGCGAUGAUGAUAGUUGUCAACUUGCCAACAUGAUGUUGGCUUUCAAUUGGCCAUCUUGUCUUCAUCUUUAAUAGCUACAAUUUGAAAACAUAACCUUCUUUGGACCUUUCUUUGAAGGAAGUAUCAUGUCAUUCAACUAGUUACUUUA